AUGACUGCUACUCAGAUGCCUGACCUCGAUUCGGAUAAUGAGGAGUACGAGAUGCGUGGUCAGGGUGAUACGGACUCUGAGGGUGAGCUAGAUGGACAUGGUUCUCACCAAGGGACCCAGGGUCACAUCGAGGCCGGCUCGAGUCUGGAUGAUGACCAGGGGCGAAAUCAGCCCGAUAUGGAGGAGGGCAUGCUACCCCGAGACAUGCCUCAUAAGACUGCCUUUUACGACAUGGUAGCAGAACGCAAGAUGACACAGACCGACGCCAAGUUGUUUUACCAACGAAGUCAGGCAGAAAGCCGCACUCAACUCAACCAGCUUGCCCAGAUGUCGCCCCAGAGCAGUCCGCUCCUCUCUGCUGGUGGGCUGGCCGCUUCGUAUCCCGAUCUGGCCUCGAUUGGGCACAAUUUUAGCAACCUGAAGCUUUCCGACUUGGACUCGGCUCCCGUCCCGGAACCUUUGUUCGACCAACCUUUGAGGAGGGAGCCCAGCUACAUCGGCGCGGGCAAUCUUCCCGGCCGCACCAGCUACGCCCCGUCGACCCACGCAGGGGCGGCUUCAGGGGCCCAGAUAGACCCGGCCCUCCAGCAGCAGAUGCUCUUGGGCGGGGGCAUUCCUGGCCUCGGCAACAGCAGUUACUUAGACGCCGACCCUCAGAUCAACGCCGAGCUGAGUACCAUCUUCAGAGACGUCCAGAAAGUUAUCGACCUCCGGAACAAGUACAUCCGGCUCUCCCUCCAGGGACCCAACGAUAAUCCAAAAGAUGACCCGACCUGGAAUAUCUACCCUCCUCCACCCGAGCCUUCAUGGACUGAGGCCCGGGAAAAGGCGGCCCGGGGCGCUAACAGCGCAAACACCAGCAUGCAAAACAGCUUGGUGCUGAAUCCCGACAAACAUGCUCAAGGAAGUGAGACUCCGCGCAAGUCAAACGCAAAGAAGCGGAAGCCGGGUCAGGACAUUGGCGAGGACUUCGAUCUAAAUGAGGUGCCGCCUGCGCCGGGCCCCAGCGAGAUGACUUUCAAAAUGGACGACAUGGGGGUGUAUCAAGUCUAUGAGAGUCAGGAUUCGGAGGAGGCGGGCACACCAAUUGUCAGUGUGCCCACCAUCAAGGAAUACUACCUCGACCUUGAAGCCAUCUUGAAUAUCUCCUCGGAUGGCCCUAGCAAAAGCUUUGCAUUCCGGCGCCUACAGUACCUAGAGGGCAAGUUCAACUUGUACAUUCUUCUCAAUGAAUACCAAGAGACGGCCGACAGCAAGAAGGUACCGCACCGUGAUUUCUACAACGUCAGGAAGGUCGACACCCACGUUCACCACUCGGCGUGCAUGAACCAGAAGCACUUGCUGCGCUUCAUCAAGAGCAAGAUGAAGAAGUUCCCGGACGAGAUGGUCUUGUUCCGAGACGGCAAGCACCUGACACUGGCCGAGGUCUUUGACAGCAUCAAUCUUACGGCAUACGAUCUCAGCAUUGACACAUUGGAUAUGCACGCCCACAAGGACUCUUUCCACCGGUUUGACAAGUUCAAUCUCAAAUACAACCCGAUCGGCGAGUCGCGGCUGCGGACCAUCUUCCUCAAGACAGACAACUUCAUCAAGGGUCGGUAUCUGGCUGAGAUCACGAAGGAGGUCAUUGCCGACCUUGAGUCGAGCAAGUAUCAGAUGGUUGAGUGGCGCAUCUCUAUUUACGGAAAGUCACUCGACGAGUGGGACAAGUUGGCCAAAUGGGUCGUCGACAACAAGCUCUUCUCGCACAAUGUCCGCUGGCUGAUUCAGAUUCCGCGCUUGUACGAUGUCUACAAGGGAAGCGGCUUGAUGAACUCUUAUGAACAGAUCCUCAAGAACAUAUUCCAGCCGCUCUUUGAAGUCACCAAGGAUCCGAGCACGAACCCUAAGCUUCACAUCUUCCUGCAACGGGUGAUUGGUAUCGACAGCGUCGACGACGAGAGCAAGGUGGAGCGCAGACUGUUCAAGAAGUUCCCGGUGCCGAAGGUGUGGGAUUCCAAACAAAACCCGCCAUACACGUACUGGAUAUACUAUCUUUUUGCCAACCUGGCCUCGUUGAACCACUUCCGCAAGCAGCGGGGCUUCAACACGUUUGUACUCCGCCCGCACUGCGGCGAAGCCGGUGACAGUGAGCACUUGGCGGUGGCAGCGCUUUGCUGCCACAGCAUCAGUCACGGGCUGCUACUCCGCAAAGUGCCCUUGCUGCAGUACGUCUUUUACCUCGAGCAAAUCGGUAUCGCCAUGUCGCCGCUCAGUAACAACGCGCUGUUCCUGGCGUACGAGCGGAACCCGUUCUUCCAGUACUUCAAGCGCGGGCUGAACGUGUCACUGUCGACGGACGACCCGCUGCAGUUUGCCUUCACCAAGGAGCCGUUGAUUGAGGAGUACGCAGUUGCCGCGCAGAUCUACAAACUGAGCUCGGUUGAUAUGUGCGAGUUAGCCAAGAACUCGGUCAAGCAGAGCGGUUAUGAGUUCUCCGUGAAGCAGCAGUGGCUGGGCCCGAAUUUCCACCUGCCCGGAAGCAAGGGGAACACCCAGGUCAAGACCAACGUGCCGGAUCGGAGAGAAGAGUUCCGGUACCACACGCUCUUAGAAGAGCGGAGGCUUGUUGAGAGAUACAACUCCCUUACCACUGAGGCUGCCCCGUCCGUCGUCGACUUAGCGGCCACCACCACCCUCCCUCCUCGCUCACCGGCCCUCUCAACCCACACCAACGUCACCGUCCCUGAUUUAAGACAACUGCAGCAGCAAUACGAGCAAGCCAAUCUGCCCACGCUAAAAGGAAAGGCGCCCGAUAUUCAAACUGGCAACAGCCCGAUCCCCGCCACGGCCCUUCCCAGCUCGAUCAGCCAAACCCAAGUGUCGGCAGGUGCCAGUCCCGUGACGCCGUCGACGCCUGUGGCAUCUUCUGCAGCCGCUGACCCCGCGGUGCAUCUGUCGGGGCACGAGCCGCGGUAUUUCCCUGGGAUGGUAUCGCGCACCCAGGGGAGGGGGAGCAUGAGGCGAGAGUCGGGCCAUGAGAGCGACCCGCAGGCGCAGCAGCAGCCACAGCAGCCUAGGUAG